AUUGUUUGUCUGGUUGACACGUGUGAAAUAGGUUAACCUGACAUUGCUGUCGUGAGAUAAUUGCCAAUGUGCUGUGACAGUUUCCAUUAGAUAGCGAUUUCUCACACCGCGUUUGUCAGCCGUGGGCCAAUGACUCAGUGGCGAUAUGGAAACCAACUGACUUUCAAACCCGUAGUCUAUGCGAAUUUCCACGCUUAUAGCUGGCAUAAAAAUCUCUUUACGUGAGAGCCAUUGACUUGCUGUGCUCAUGGAUCCAGGGCUCCCCGACAAAUACCCAUUGCCAUCAUGGUGGCUACAAAAUGCCAAAAAUCCCCUAUCUGACUUCCAGUCUACGCCCAACCUUCCCCACGAGACAGAUAUCCUCAUCAUUGGUGCAGGCUAUACAGGAGCGAGCACAGCCUACCAUCUAUCCAAAAUGAUAGGCAAAGAUUGCCAAGUCACUGUUUUGGACGCCCGUGGAGUAGCUGAGGGUGCUACAGGUCGAAAUGGAGGUCACCUCAUACCUUAUAACCAUCGUAACAUACUGCGCGACGUCGAACUCUUUGGCGAGGACUAUGCUCUAUGGCGAAGGGACCUUGAGUGGGCAAACGUUCAGGAAAUAGCGUCCUUCCUUUAUGACGAAGGUAUUGCGGAUAUUGCAGAAGUUCAGAAAGGAGACAAUGUAAUGGCGUAUUGCACUGAAGAAUCAUGGGAGAUUGCCAAGCAAGAAGUUGCGUUCUGCAAAAAACAUAAUCGCGAAUGGGGCAUGUGCGAAGUCUGGGAGCAACAGGAAGCACGGCAGAGACUGCGCUCGCCCGAUGUUCUGGGUGCUAUAAAAAUAGAAGCUUAUCAAAUGUUCCCUGCCAAAUGGAUAUGGGAAGUCUUCCAGAGACUGAUUAAAGCCAAUGCCGUCCAGCUAUAUACACAAACACCGGUGACUGCUGUCAAAUCUACACCUACUGGAAAAUGGGCAGUGCACACUGAAAACAAAGGGAUCAUAGUAGCCAAAACUAUCAUCCACUGUACAAAUGGUUGGAUGGGACACUUGCUUCCCGAGCUUCGAGAAGUUUGCUUUCCGGUUAGCGAGCAAGUGAUGGCAUUGAAAAUGCCUAAACAAAUUUGGAAGGAGAGGGGAUUUGUUUGGCACAGUGUUGCGCACUAUCUUAUUCAGCGCGAUAAGGACAACAUCGUCAUUGUUGGUGGAGGAAGAAGUACAAUCGAUGGAAAAAAUCGGCCCUUUAUAGAUCAUGAGACAAUGGAUUUCCUCGGGACCGGGCUAGGAGGAAUGAUAAGAGCCAACGACUCUUCGAUUUAUCCGGUACUGCAUACCGACAUUCGCCAGUUUGUGCGUUCCCAUUUUCCCAACGAAGACUGGCCUGAAUAUGAAGAGGCUGAAUGGGCUGGUGUUCAAGGCUACACCAAAGAUCAUUUGCCCUAUAUUGGACCUUUAGAACAUGCUCCAAACCAGUUUGUUUCCGCAGGUUAUAACGGUCAUGGAAUGCCGCUCUGUUGGUGGAGUGGACGACGCGUCGCAGAAAUGGUUUCUGGAAAAUGUAAUGCCGCGGAUGACAUAGCCAAUAUUUUCCUCCCUAGGCAACGAUUUCAGUUACCAUCGGCUUAGUAAAGCAUGACAUGAUAAACAUUAUAUCAGCGCUAACAUGACCAGCGGUAAACGAGUUCAUGAAUAUUUGUAAAAUCUCUAUUUUUAUAUGCUUGCCAAGAUGAUAUUAUCCUAAAAUGGCGGCGACAACUACACUUCUUUCUUGUAUGGUGUGCGUUUUUACAUUCUAG